AUGGCUAGAAGUGAGAUUCAAAAAAAUCCUAGAACUGAAAUAAGGAUGAGACUAAUAGGAAAGAGGUCCAAAGAUGCAAGGACAUAUAAUCUACCUACAGUCUCCGAGGUUGCUGCAUUGAUAGUUGGCGAUUUAGACCCGGACAUGGUUGAUGGGUACACAAUGGUGGAAGCAGGUCGUCUACUAUUCAUCCGUAACAAUCAAAAGGCAUUGCGUUGUGAAGUGUACAAAGGUUUGUCUGAUGCAUUUUUUAGAGGAGAUAUAGACCCUUCAACGCAAGGGUAUCCAAGCUUAUUCAUUACAUUCACAUGUAACCCAAAGUGGCCGGAAAUCCAACGAUAUGUUCAACUAAGAGGUUUGAGAGCCGAGGACAGACCAGAUAUUGUUGCACGAAUUUUCAAAAUGAAGCUUGAUUCAUUGAUUAAAGAAUUCAAGGCAGGGCAAUUAUUUGGUCCGGUAAAAGCAUUGAUCUACACAAUUGAAUUUCAGAAACGAGGAUUACCUCAUGCUCAUAUACUUCUUUUUCUUGGUUUGAACACAAGUAUUCCAUGUCAAAAUACAGUUGACUCAAUAAUCUCUGCUGAAAUCCCGAGCAAAGAAUUAGAUCCUGAGUACCAUCAAGCAGUCGAGGAGUUUAUGUUACAUAGUCCUUGUGGUGUUGCUAGAAAGGCAUCUCCAUGCAUGGUAAAUGGACGGUGUUCUAAACAUUUUCCCAAAAAAUUUGUGGAGAACUCAAAUUUUGAUGCAGAUGAUUACCCAAUAUAUAGAAGACGGGAUGAUGGGAAAACAAUUACCAAGAAUGGUAUUCAUUUGGAUAACAGAUAUGGGGUACCCCAUAACAGAUACUUGCUUUUGAGAUACAAGGCACAUAUGAAUGUGGAGUGGUGCAACCAAUCUAGAUCUAUCAAAUACUUAUUCAAAUAUGUGAACAAGGGAAAUGAUCGCGUCACUGCUGAAUUUUAUAAAACAACAUCAAAUGCAGAUGGUGUACAAUUAGUGGAUGAGAUCAACAUGUACUAUGAUUGUAGAUACGUUUCUGCAUCUGAGGCUACUUGGCGUCUACUAAGUUUUGAGAUUCAAUGUAGAAAUCCGCCAGUUGAGAGGCUUAGUUUCCAUUUACCAGAUAGCCAAACGGUCUUCUUUCAGGAUGAUGAAGAUGUUGAGACAGUAUUGAACAAAGAAACUUUGGGGCAAAGCAUGUUCACACAAUGGUUUGAGGCAAACAAAACUUUCCAAGAAGCUAAAUUGCUAACCUAUAUUGAGAUGCCCAAUAAAUUUGUGUGGAAGAAGAAUAUUCGUCAAUGGCAUCCACGUAAAAGAGGUUUUUCUAUUGGCCGUAUCUUUUAUGUUCCACCGGGUACUGGGGAAUUAUAUUAUCUCCGAUGUUUGUUGAACAUAGUCAGGGGUCCAACAAGCUGUUCUAACAUAAGGUCAUAUAAUGGAAUACAAUACAAUACUUUUAAGGAGGCAUGUUAUGCGCGGGGGUUAUUACAAGAUGAUACUGAAUAUGUUGAUGCAAUAUUGGAAGCUAGCCAUUUUGCAACUCCCCACUCACUAAGAAAGUUGUUUGUUACUCUAUUAUUGUCAAAUACAAUGGCACGUCCUGAAAUUGUCUGGGAAAAGGUCUGGACACAUCUGGCUGAUGAUGCUCAACAUACCCGUAGGAGAUUAUUAAACUUGCAAGAGAAAAUGAAUUUUGCGCUAAUGGAAUUGUCAAAGCUUUUAUUAGUCUAUAACAAGCAUUUGACAGAUUUUCCAAACAUGCCGGUAAUUAAUGAAGCAAGCCAUGUUCAUGUGGAAAACCGGUUGUUGUGGGAAGAGUUAGCAUAUGACCGUGCUAGGGAAAAUGAGGAGAGUCAACGGCUUAAGGAGAGACUUACAGAAGAACAAAAAGCAAUAUAUGAUGCUGUUAUCCACGAUAUGGAUUCCAACAAUGGUGGACUGUUUUUUGUUUAUGGGUAUGGUGGUACAGGAAAGACAUUUUUGUGGCGUGCGCUCUCUUCUUAUAUUAGAGCAAAAGGUGAAAUUGUUAUCAAUGUGGCAUCGAGUGGGAUAGCAUCUUUACUUCUUCCGGGUGGGAGGACUGCACAUUCAAGGUUUUCAAUACCAAUCUCUGUCAAUGAAGAUUCUACGUGCAAUAUAAAUCAAGACAGUCAAUUAGCUGAACUCAUUGUUCAUGCAAAACUAAUAAUUUGGGAUGAAGCACCGAUGAUGCACAAACAUUGUUUUGAGGCGUUGGAUAAAACAAUGAGAGAUUUGUUAAGGUUUGUUAACAAUGAAAGUCAAAACAAGACUUUUGGCGGGAAGACAGUGGUUUUAGGUGGGGACUUUAGGCAAAUAUUACGGAAGACAGUGGUUUUAGGUGGGGACUUUAGGCAAAUAUUACCAGUGGUGCCAAAGGUAGGUGGGGACUUUAGGCAAAUAUUACCAGUGGUGCCAAAGGGUUCAAGACAGGACAGGCAAAUAUUACCAGUGGUGCCAAAGGGUUCAAGACAGGACAUUGUUUCUGCAACAAUUAAUUCUUCAUAUCUUUGGAGACAUUGUAGAGUUAUGCGCCUAACAAAAAAUUUGAGAUUAACUACAAUGGAACCUCGAUUGAUAACAAAAAAUUUGAGAUUAACUACAAUGGAACCUCGAUUGAAUCAAGAAAAUUUGAGAUUAACUACAAUGGAACCUCGAUUGAAUCAAGACAAAGUUGAAGAAUUUGCGAAUUGGCUAAUUUCAAUAGGUGAUGGUAAUAUUGGCGUAGAUGUUGAUGGUUACGCUGAUUUUGAUAUCCCCACUCAAUUGUUAUUAAAGUCAAAUGGUGAUCCUAUUUCCUCUAUUGUGAAAAGUACCUUCCCCAACUUUACUGGUGCAAGCAGUGAUGGAAGUUGUUUUAAGAACAGUGCAAUACUAGCACCAACGUUAGAGGUGGUCAAUGAGGUCAACCAGUAUAUGUCUAACUUAACUAAGGGGGAAGGAAAGACAUAUUUGAGUUCCGACACAACGUGUAAAGGCGAUGGUUCCAGUUCAGUUCUUGCUGAUGUGCAUACACCAGAAUUCCUAAAUACCAUAAGAGCUACCGGCCUUACAAAUCAUUCUCUGACUUUGAAAGUGGGGUCUCCUGUAAUAUUAAUGAGGAACAUUGAUCAUAGUCUUGGUUUACGCAAUGGAACUAGGUUGGUGGUAACAAGAUUAGGUAAUCAUGUUGUUGAAGGAAGCAUAUUAGCAGGUCCUAAUGCUGGGACUAAGGUAUUAAUUGCUAGAAUGACUAUCACCCAAUCGGACCCGAGAUUACCUUUCAAGUUCAACAUAAGAUAA